UGAAGAAGAGUCAUUGAGGCUCCAAGUGUUCGAUUGGAAAUAAGAAGGAAAUAUUUUUCAUGCACUGUAUAAUCUACCAGAAAGGGGAAAUCUGAGCAUGCUCUAAGACGAUACCCUUUACUGUGCCAUAGCACAUGGAUUUCAGGACUAGCUGUGAAGAGACAAAGACAGGAAUUUGUUUGCUGCAGGAUGGUAAUCAGGAACCUUUCAAAGUGCGACUGCACCUAGCCAAAGAUAUUUUGAUGAUCCAGGAGCAGGAUGUGAUAUGUGUGUCUGGCGAGCCUUUCUAUUCUGGUGAAAGAACGGUGACCAUUAGAAGACAAACUGUAGGAGGAUUUGGAUUAAGCAUAAAGGGAGGAGCAGAACAUAACAUUCCAGUUGUAAUUUCAAAAAUUUCCAAAGAACAAAGAGCGGAACUAUCAGGACUGCUCUUUAUAGGGGAUGCCAUUCUUCAGAUUAAUGGAAUUAAUGUGAGAAAAUGCAGACAUGAAGAAGUGGUUCAGGUUCUUCGGAAUGCAGGCGAAGAAGUGACCCUCACUGUGUCAUUCCUAAAAAGAGCACCUGCUUUCCUCAAACUGCUGCUGAAUGAAGAUUGUGCAUGUGCUCCAAGUGACCAGAGCAGUGGCACAUCUUCUCCCCUUUGUGACAGUGGUUUGCAUCUCAACUACCAUCCUACCAAUACGGAUACAUUAUCAUGCUCUUCAUGGCCAACCUCACCAGGUCUGAGAUGGGAAAAGAGAUGGUGUGACCUUCGAUUAAUCCCCUUACUUCACUCCCGUUUCUCCCAGUACCUCCCUGGAUCUGAUUUGUGUCGGCAGAAUGCAUUUCAAGUAAUUGCUGUGGAUGGGGUUUGCAGUGGAAUAAUUCAGUGUCUCUCUGCUGAAGACUGCAUUGACUGGCUACAAGCAAUAGCAACAAAUAUUUCAAACCUCACAAAGCACAAUGCAUAUCUUCAAGAUGUUGCAGAUUUGGUUCCAGAUCACUGCAAUAAACUGAAUAUCACGGUGUGGUUUGUGGAGGCCAAAAAUAACUACAACAGUAACAUCAAAGAUCUCUGA